AUGGGAUGGCUAUACCGUGCCGCUAUGGCUUGCUAUAAUAAAGGCUGCACCGAAGAUGUCGACAAAAAUCGACUGCAGUGGCUUCAAAAAGCUCACGAUUACGCACUAGAAGCACAUGAAACAGAACCUACGGACACUGAUGUGCUUUCUGUGCUCUGCUCCGCCACCGGUAAACUCGCAGAGGAUAGCGCGAUGAUGGAAAAAGUGAAAUUCGGAUUCGAGUUUCAGCAAUACCUCGACAAAGCUAUCGCUCUCUGUGCGGACUCAUAUGAAUUCCUUCACAUGAGAAGUCCUCCACAUGAGGGGGCGAUUCGAGUUUCAACGCUUGGUGCUGUAGAGAGAACAUUGGCGAGAGCUCUCGGAAGUCUCCCAAAUACUAGUCUCGAACGUGCAUUGCAGGAUCUUCUUGGCGGAAAAACUUAUGAUGCAAUGGGAGAUUAUGAAAAUGCGCAAAACUACCUGAACAAGGUGGUGAAUAUGUCAAGGGAUCCAGAUUGUGUGGUAGAAUGCGAAUAUGUGGAGGAGGCAAGGCAAAUUCUUAGCGGCUUAAACUAUUCAUAG